GUAAAGUUAAAAUCGCGAAUUACUGUACUGCUAGUUGUUGCCCGAUCUAGAAGUAGCAACACAGUGUAGUAAUACUCUCUAACAUUGCCCCAAUACUAAAGCGGAUGUUAUGUCAACCUCGUCUGUUUCCUGACUUGUGCUGAGGUGUUUCAGUGCUAGGACAUCACUUCGUGAGCAACAACGUGAUAGCGAUAACAAAAAAGACUGGAAAGCUUUCAUUUUUCAACAAGCAAGCCUGAAGCGGUAUCCCUUCCUCAACGACAGGUGGAAGAUUCAAACAAGAAGACAGAAAGAGGCGUCGCUUGCGAUCAUGACCGCAGCCGCUGGUUCCCCCCAAGCAAAUGGAGUAUCGCAGCAGGAUAACGGAAGCAAAGGCAUUCUAGAUGCCGCUCGUUUGAUACACGAACCCACCCGCUCCCCAAGGCCUUUACCUACACCCGACUCACCGGAGCUCUGGGCCCAAGGCGAAGCAACAGACCACAUGAUUCUGGCACGUUACAACCUGGCAAAUGGAGGAUGGGCUGCACCACAGCUAGUACCUUACGGGCCACUCUCGCUUAUGCCAACAGCUGCAGUGCUCCAUUACGCCACAGAGUGUUUCGAGGGAAUGAAACUGUACCGGGGCGUAGAUGGCCGCAUUCGCCUUUUCCGGCCUGAGCUCAACGGAAUGCGCAUGCGUCAAUCUGCGGCGCGAGUAUCGCUCCCCGAUUUUCCAGCCGAGCAACUGGUCAAGUUGAUUGCCGCACUCGCCGCCGUUGACGCACCACGGUGGCUGCCAAAGGACCGACCUGGCACGUAUCUGUACGUGCGGCCAACAUUCAUUGCGACACAACCGUCUUUGGCCAUCAAGAAAGCCAGCGAAGCGCUUCUGUACAUCAUGCUGGUGUGCUUUCCUGACUUCGAUAAGCCGACUGGCAGCUUAGGACCUCCAGCACAAGGCGAAAAAGUGCGACGACCCGGUCUACGACUCCUUGCUUCUGGUAAAGAUAUGGUUCGAGCGUGGCCGGGCGGCUUCGGGAAUUGCAAAUUGGGCGCCAACUACGGUCCCUCAAUUAUCGCGAGCGCUGCAGCUGCUCAACAAGGCUAUGACCAAAUUUUAUGGCUUCUUGGAGACGAAGAAUGGGUGACAGAGGCGGGUGCCUGUAACUUCUUUGCCGUGGUCAAGCCGAAGGACGGCCUGGGUAAAACGCAAUUGCUGACUGCGCCAUUGGGGAAUGGUGUUGUGCUGCCAGGAGUGAUACGCAACAGCGUCCUUGAGUCCGUCAGUGAGACAUUUGCGAACGAGCUUGACGUCGUGGAGCGCAAUUUUUCGGUCCAUGAGUUGAUAGAUGCUGCCAGUGAUGGUAGAUUGAUGGAAUGCUUCGUCUGUGGAACGGCGUUCUUUAUUACUCCAGUAGGAGAGAUCAGUUACGAAGGAAGAGUGAUUGAACUACCUGUGGGAGAUGAACGGGGCGAAUCACAAAGAUUAGUCGAGUGGUUGAGGGAAAGACUUUCGGCAAUCAUGCAUGGCGAGAUAGAACAUCCUUGGGGCUAUGUUGUAGAAGAAGGCGAAGUGCCAAAGCAAUAGGUAAAUAGUCGACAGCUACAAAGGCAGAAGCAAUCGAAUCCUCGUCUCUGAGUCAUAAUUUAUCAAAGAGUGCACGAAGAGCAACCACGCGUUGAGGCCCAUCACCACUGCAAUGAACCAGAGGUUCAACAUACUCUAGCUGCCAUUGGAGUCGCAAAAUUCUGUCUCGCCAUCCAUGGUUUAACUUGUGACAUGCCGUCACGUUCUCGCAAGAUCCAUCAGUGUUCAGGGCUGGCAUAAGGUGAUUUCUGGUUGAGUCAACGACGUGGCACUGUCGGGUCAUCCUCGGACGAUACAUACCUCAAAUGUGUAGAACUGAGUCAGGCACUAAGC